UUCAAGACGUCCGUUGUUCUCAAGGCGUUCGAUUUAGGCCUCGGUGGCGGCUUUAAACUCCGCGUUGAAGAUAGUUUGGAACAGUGAUUUGAGCCGAGAAGGUCGGUGUUACGCCUUCAGUUAGCAUUGGGAAUCACAAACAUCGAAUUUGGAACGAUCAACUGCCUCAAAGUGGAUUUUGACAUCACAUUCAUUUGCCCAGAGUGAACUUCGUUGAGUUGUUGUGAGAAUUGGACAAGUCAUGAAUGGAUAGAAGAUAACACCUUGCUCGAUCCUCCUUGAAGAACCACUCAAGUUGUGGGCCAAGAGCAAGCACACAGACCACCACCAUCACCUCCGUCGGUUUCAUUCACAGUACACAACUCCACUCGAGGUUGGAAAACAACUGAAGCCAAAGUGAAACCAAUUAUUACGCGUGAAAUCCUUGCACAACUUGGGAACCCCACGAGAAUGGCCAGACAAAAGUGAGUGGAAUUCAAUGACCACAUGGCAUAAUGUGGUCAAUAUUUAUGGGGAAACGUGCCUCCUCCGACUGGACUGUGCCAGUGCGUUUGUUGCUAGUGUUGGUAAUCGUGUGCCUAGUUCCAAGUGCCAAUGGAACUCAGAGCCUGAUCAACAUUUUUUGGAACACCACCAAUCCGAUGUUUAGGAUCGACAACACCGACAAUGUGUUCGAUAUCAAUAUGGGAAACCAUCCGUUCCAAUAUGAUCAAGCCAACAUCAUAUGCCCCUCGUACCCUGCGGGCACAGCCCCUUUGGACAUGGAACGCUACAUCAUCUACAUGGUGAGUCGUGAGGAGUACGAGAAUUGUCACAUUGGCAAUCCCCACCCCCGAGUGAUUGCCGUGUGCAACAAACCUCAUGAAGUCAUGUAUGUGACCAUCACAUUUCGCUCGUUUACGCCCACGCCCGGAGGACUAGAAUUCAAGCCCGGUCACGACUAUUUCUUCAUCUCCACCUCCACACAACAUGAUUUGCAUAGGAGGUUUGGAGGGCGUUGCUCGACGAAUAACAUGAAAAUUAUGUUCAAAGUCGCACAAAACAAAUUACCUCCUCCCCCUCCUUCUGUUUCAUCGUCUUCAUC